UGGGGGGGUGAGAUGAAACUGCCAAAACUCUGAAAGGUAUUAUUGUAUGUCAGAAUUGCAACAAGAUUUGUUCAAGCUUAAAAUGUUAGUCCGUAAUCGUAACCUGAUGUUUGUAUGUUCACAGCUGAAAUUUCACGUUUACGUGUCAUGUUUCACGCAUGGCAUCUGGCUCCGUACAUAACGCUUUCAACCAAGAGUUUACAAUAGCUAAAAGCUUACGAUGGCACCGCACUAAAACGUUUCAGAGAUUUUGGCGGAUGUUUGCCUGCGAUGUUGUGAUUGGUGGGAGGUUCAUUACGUUUUAUGUCAGUCUUGGUGUUUGGGUAAAAAAAGUGGUUUGGAACGCUGAUUGGUCAGAAACAACACCCACGGAGUUCUGCAUCCGUCAACAACCAGUUAAUGCAUUUUCAAUCAAGCUACAGCACUGAAACGACCUACAAAUAGUUCUCUCGGCUAUGGAGACGAGAUGUGCUGUUGAGACUUGGGCUGAGUUCGGAUGUCCUUCACCGGGUACAGCUGCUAAAGUGAUCUGGUCUGGGGAAGAUGUGUUGAUUUGUACUGGGAGCGACGAGGUGUCGGUCUUCAACACAAAAGAGCUGAAACUGACGGCUGUCCUUCAGUUCCUGAGUCCAGUGUGUCACAUGGUGCUGAGUGAGGACAAGCAGUCUGUAUAUGCUGUCUGUGAGAGUGAUGGGGUGUACUGUGUCAGUCUACCAACUCUGCACCCUAGGUCUCCCACUCCCCCAGCUGACCAAUCCCCUGGCCCUGCUCUGUUCAAGGUGUCGUCUAAUUCACUGGCAGCCAGAGACGAGGGGGUGUGUUCUCUGAUUGAGGUGGGAGGGUCCGGAGGGACCUUGGUGACCGUCUCCCUGAGAGACGCAGCCUGGUGGUUUACUCUCUAUAAAGCAGCUGACCACCAGAAACUGACUCAGUUUAGUCUACCUGUCAUUUCAGUUGGUCACCAUGUCGAAUCUGAGGAAAAUGCUGCCGCAGGACUAGUGAUGCGACCUGUGUUAGCUUGCGUUUACAGCAGUGAUGCACCACCCUUGUCAUCAUCUUCAUCAUCCUCAACAACAACAAAACUACCACCUUUGUCAUCAUCAUCAUCCUCACUAGGCGUCAAACAUUUUCUCCUGGAGCCUCUCCUCUUCAAGCUCCUCUUCGGCGUCGACGCUGCCCUCAUCAACUCCCCCAUGAUCCUUUGCGGCCUGCCUGAUGGGCGUCUCUGCUCCCUCCCCUUACUUCUCCCAGGACGACCAGGCCCCUGCGUUAGAGUUCUACACAGCAUGGAGCAGCCAAUCACGUUUAUCGGAACCACGACCGGGACAAAUGAUGGUCCACAGUGUUUGGUGGCAGUAGGCCAAUGGGGGAGGGUGGUGCUGGUCAGAACCUGUGAAGGGGGGCCGGAGGAGGGGGGCAAGGUAGCAGCAUUAACAGAGGGGUGUGUGUCUGGACCUGUGGUGUGUGUGUGUGCAGGCAGGGAGGGCCUGUACUACAGCACAGGGUCAGAUCUUCUAGCCCUGGAUUUCCCAGGGGUGCGAGCGGCAGCUCCAAAUCCAGAAGAGAGCCUGGUGGUCAGCCACAGGGAGAGGCAAGGCCAGGGACAGGCCAUGGUGAGACCCAGGGAGUCUGCUACCCUACAGAGUCCUGUCAGCCUUAAUGUCUGCAGGGUCAUCGCCCUGGCUGGGCCCUCACACAAUGCCUCAGGCAUAGUGCAGUUGGUGGCAUUGUCUCUCCGGGGGAGGCUCCAGCGUUUGACCCUGCCUAAGGGGACAGAGGCAGGGGGCAUACCCAGGCUCCCCUUAUCACAGGUGGGACAGAGAGUCAGGGACCUCCUUGCAGCCAUCGGAGAUGUGUGUGAGAGAGCAUCUGUGUUGAAAAGCACCAUCCAGUCCAAAAACCACUCCCUCAGACACCUGAAUCAGGUGCUCAAUGUCUGCUGCCUACUGCUAGCAAAUCAGAACAGUGGAGAGCAGCUCCCAGUCAGCAAGAAGCCAAUCAGAUGUCACGUUGUUGCCAAGUGGAGCCGCCUGCUACAGAGAGACUCCCUGAAUCUGACCUGUGUUCUGGACAAUUCUAGUCCUUACGUUCUAGAACGGAACUGGACGUUCUGUGUGCGAGUUCUACCAUUAUCCUACCCUCUUCCUGCAGGGGGGGAGAACACCUCUCAAACAUUCUCAUUCCCAUUCCAGAAACUAGAGCCGGGUGGGAGAAUGGAAGUGUCGUUGCCCCUAACAGCAGCGGGGGACACAUCUUUCCCUGUGACGGUUAGCUGCUCCCUCACCUACUCCCUGCAAAGCCUGCUGGGGUCUGAGGAGCUGUCCCGCCUCCUGGCCAAUGGGGAUCCGGCAUCUCAUCUGGGAUUGGAGGGUGGAUGGAUCAGUCUGCCCCUUGACACGCUGACAGUGGAUUGGCUGGACGCUCUGCAGGUGACCGGGACCACGCCCCCUCACAGGGACCCGAACAGACCCUCCAUUUCCCCGGAUACCGUCUCGAUGGAUGUCGUUGAGGCCUUCCUGAGCACCCGUAAGAUCAGGGGUUCUGGGAGGGGGGAUGGAGAAGGAGAAGGAGAGAGGAUGGUGGCGUCUGAUAGGGGGCUGUUUUCAGCAAGCAUCAAGGUCUCAACAGAGCUACUGAGAGGGACACUAGGACUGGAGCCACCAGGUUCUGCUGGCCCUUCUCAGGGUGUGUGUGGCUCUGUGCUGGGCUGGCUGCUGUCACAGGGGACAGGAGGAGAGGACUGGAGGGGCAGAGGGGACAAGGGAGGACAGGAAAGCUCUGUGGUCUACGCCCGGUGUCUAGGGCGACACACCGUCAAACUCACAGCCAAAGAGGUAACUGUAGGGGACACCAGUGUGAAGGAGGCUGUGGAGGUGCAGGUGCAGUGCUCUUCCAUGGCAGCCGUGUGUGGACUACACCAUGCUGUGUUAAGCCGUGUACAGGCUCUGCUCCAGGGUACUGCUGGCACACAAGAGUCCUCUAUGGGAGUCCAUGGACUGGGCUUGAGACAGGCCCUACAGCGGGCACAGGUCCUAUCUGAGCAUCUCCAGGAGGCUCGUAUCCCAGAAGCCAUUGGACUGGGGAUGACCACGGAACAGACCACCAAGAAACUGUUCAGCGUUUACAGGCAACUCAGAGAGAACCCCCUCCUCAUCCUCUGACCCCGUUACCAUCCCACAUACGCUCCUCAUCCACAACAUCCUCAUCCACACAUUUACAAUCCUCUCCUCAUCUUCAUUCUCAGCCCCACACUCCACUAUCCAAUACUUGUCCUGCAAAGGAGAAAUGAAUGACUGUUUGUCUCCCUCUGCUGUUUUAGUACACAAACAGCAUUUCUUUCUUUCUGUGAAUGUUUAUAAAGUAGUACAUUGCAGGUAGGGUGUGUGUGUGUGUGUGUGUGUGUGUGUGUGUGUGUGUGUGUGUGUGUGUGUGUGUGUGUGGAUUAAAAUGUACCUGUAAAAUUAAAACAACGGAUUUGAAGAGUCACUUCACUGACAACAUUAUCCACACACGAAACAUAACUUUUACACAUCUCAGAGAUGAUUUUUAUUAUAGUUUUUCAAAACUUUUCAGAAGAAUGGAUUAUUUGAAAAGAAUAAAAAGACAAAUGAAGUAUCAUA